AUGACAAUAUGUUUAGCCACAGAUCACGACUUAUCGACACUAAAAUUGGUUCAAAUAGUGCACCGACACGGAGAUAGGGCACCAAAUUAUUGGAAAAAGAAUGACCCGUUUCAUAAUCUAAACGACUGGCCAAAUGGUUUCGGUGAGCUAACCAGUAAAGGCAAGACUCGUAUGUAUAGAUUAGGUCAAUACUAUCGUAAAGAGUACGACUCAUUCCUGGGUCCGGAAAUCAAUGUCCAUAAGCUCUAUGUUAGAAGUUCAUCAUCGCACCGGUGCAUUGAAAGCGUAUCGGCGAUGUUAGCUGGGUUUGACCCGCCCACGCAAAAGGACUGGCAGUGGGACGCCGAUAACAAUUUGGGUCAUUUAUGGCAGCCCUUUCCCAUUGAAACUUUUAUUCCUAAGUCACGGGACAUUGUGCUCGAAGGGUACACCAACUGUCCCAUUGCAGACCAGGAGACAAAUCGUAUAUACAAUUCGACACCGAUUAAGGAUUUUGAAAAACAAAACAUUCAAUUAUAUCAUACAUUAACACAAAUAGCCGGCGAACCCAUUGAUAACAUCUACAAAGCUGUGGAUCUAUUCGAUACUCUACAGAUUGAGACCGAAAAUGGAAAGGUAUGGCCGGCAUUCAAAACAUUGGAAAAUCAGACCAAUUAUGUUAAUCAAUUGUCAAUGAGUGGUGUUAUGGGAUAUCGAUACGAUUGGGACAGUCCUAUACUACAGCGACUGAGAGCCGGCGGUUUGGUUCGGGAGUUAAAUCUUAAUUUUGAAAAAGGUGUCAACAAGUCUAAUGAAUUUAAGUUAUAUAUCUAUUCAACACAUGGAGAAAAUAUUGGUGCCAUAAUGGCUGCCCUAAACAUAUUUAACUGGAAUAACCCGCCAUUUGGUUGCGCCCUACUCUUUGAACUACACGAGAGUAAUGGCAAUAAUUUUGUUAGGGUUUAUAUACAAAAUUCAACCGAUAUUAAUACUGGUGUUAUAUAUCCGAUGACAUUAACAAAUUGUAAUAAUCAAUAUGACUGUCCAAUCAAACAAUACUUUAAUUCAACGACACAAUUAUUAUAUGAUCCAGGUGCUUUUGAUACUGAAUGUGCUAUACCUAACUCUCAUUCAUACAAACAAGUAUAUACAAUUGUUAUAAUAUUAAGUAAAGCGUCCAAUCGGUGGCCAAAUCAUGACAUAUCAACAUUAAAAUUAUUACAAAUAGUUCACAGACACGGGGAUAGGUCUCCGACUAGUUUUUCACAAAACGAUCCCUUCAAUGAUGUCAAGUAUUGGAUUGAAGGUAUCGGUGAACUGACCACAAAAGGUAAGUAUCGGUUGUAUAAAUUCGGUCAAUUCAUACGCCAAGAGUAUGGCGACUAUUUUGGCGAUCAAUACUCGCCCCGAGAGGUAUACGCCAGAAGUGCUCUAUCGGAUCGUUGUAUAGAAAGUGUGUCAAAUUUUCUGGCCGGUGCUUAUCCGCCGAUGACAAAGCAAUGGCAAUGGAAUAAUGGAUCCGAUGCUAAACUGGGACAAAGUUGGCAACCGUUUCCCAUCGAGACAUUUAUGCCACACAUUGAUGACCUCGUGCUCCAUACUAUUAAAAGCUGCCCUUUGGCUGAACGAGAGUCAAAACGUGUUAUGAAUAAUACUAUAAUUCAAGAGUUUGUUGCAAAUAAUCGUCAAUUGUAUGAUUUGGUCGGUAAUAUAACAAAUACUACAAUCGAUAAUAUAGUAACAGCCGGUGGUAUUCACGGCACACUUGACAUAGAGAUGGAUCACAAUUAUUAUUGGGACCAUUAUUGGACUCACGAGGAAGAGCAAAAAAUUGUACAACAAUUGUAUUUAUCACAUCUCAUGAAAUAUAGGUAUGAAUUUGAUAGUCAUGUUCUCAAACGUUUGAGAGCCGGAGGUUUGAUCAAAGAGUUGAACAACAAUUUUGAAAACGCUUUAAAUAACACAAACAAUAAGAAACUAUAUGUUUAUGGCACGCAUGACAUUACUAUGAAUGCCUAUAUGCAGGCAAUGGAUAUAUUUAAUGAUCAAUUGCCACCAUUUGGUUCAGCGCUUAUCUUUGAAUUGCAUCGACACAACUACUCAACUGAUCCAUUGAAAGGAUAUUUUGUGAAAAUAUUUUAUCAAAACGAGACCACUAUUGGCAAAGAAAUGCCACAUCAGUUGCAAUGGACUAACUGUAUGGGAGUUACCGACUGUCCGCUCGACAAGUAUUUUGACACAACAAAGCCUUUUCUUUACGAAGACUUUGAUAAAGAAUGCAAUCAAUUAUAA